AUAUUGAAAUUUCAGUGAGUAUUCGAUUUGCUUCUUCUGAAUUCGCUUCUCUUCAGCCGUCUGGUUCAAGUGAAAAUCUGAUAAGGUUCCUUAUAAUCAACCAACAUAAUUUAAUGUCGAAUUUUGAUAAUCAAUCAUUAUCAAGCACAAUGAGUCCAUCUCGUUUGUUACCUCCUGUGACGAGUCGGACAAAUUGGCAACAUUUUUUUAUGACAGUAGAUUUUGUACUCCAAGAAACAAAUGAGGAAAAAUUAAGGCUUAUCCUUAGCUCUAUACCGGAGGAAAACCGAUUAAGAAUGGCUCAGAUAUUCGGUCCUGAUCCAACCAAAUGGGAAUGGAAUAGAGUUAGAGAUUUCAUGUCGUGUACCCAAAGUUACCUACCCGCUGGCGAAGCUCUACGUCGUCUCGGACAACGUAAGCAAAGACCUGACGAAACUCCAGAAGAAUUUCUCGCAGAGCUUAGGAUUCUUAUUCAUCAAAUAGGCUGCGCUGAUAUUGAUGUUAUGCUCUCAUCAUUCUUCGUUUUAGGUUUAACAGACGAAUUUACGGCAAAGAAAGUUCAAGAACUAUGGCACCGUGAAGCCUGCAUCGACGACCUCUUGGCAGCUGCUCAAACUUUUCAAAGUGCAUCAAGAUAA